GGUACGUUCAAAACACGUGGAACCGCAAAACAUCAAUUCGAACAUGACCCAUUGACGACGCAAGCAAAUGGUAAUGAGACCAUAUUUUCUGGCAGCUUAAUCGAUAAAUUCUCAAAAUCGGCAAUUGAUCGGAUAUCAUCGGAGCUCCGGCACCGGCGUACAAGUUCCAACCGUGGCUCCCUCGCAUCAACAGACCAACCUCACUCGAAAUCCGCCCCGGCAUCCGCCUUGUCCGCCGCAUCGGGUCCGACCCGAUUUGUGUACAGAGAGUCCGUCGGCCGCUCAUCCGAUUCGGAUCUUAAACUGCCCUUUUGGCAGAGCACUUGGUUCAUAAUCCUGUUGCUGGUGAUGGCUGUCUCGUUUUUCGGCCUCGCAAUUUUUCUGCUCCUCACGCUGGACUCCGAUUAUGCGUCGACUCCAGUUUCUGCGGCGUCCGAAGGAAUAACAUAUGGUUCUGUUAUCAAGCUGAUGCACGAGAAAACAAAAGUCCGUCUCCACUCGCAUGAUGUACCUUAUGGCUCUGGUAGUGGCCAGCAGUCUGUGACUGGUUUUCCUAAUGUUGAUGAUUCUAAUAGCUACUGGGUUGUGAGGUCUACACCAGAUUCAUCUGCAAAGCAAGGGGAUGCAAUCAAAACUGGAGAGCUUGUUCGGCUGCAACAUAUGAGGACUAGGAAAUGGCUGCACAGCCACCUGCAUGCAUCUCCUAUAUCUGGCAAUUUGGAGGUUAGUUGCUUUGGGAGUGAUGUGGACUCUGACACUGGGGAUUACUGGAGACUCGAAAUUGAAGGAAGUGGAAAGACUUGGAGGCAAGAUCAAAGGAUCCGUCUUCGCCAUGUGGACACUGGCGGGUACCUACACAGUCAUGACAAGAAGUACACUCGUAUUGCCGGUGGCCAGCAAGAGGUUUGUGGUGUACGCGAAAAACGAGCUGAUAAUGUCUGGUUGGCAGCUGAGGGCGUGUAUCUUCCCGUUACUGAUGGCAAAUGAAGUCACCCUAAAAGAUGAUGAUACCAGCAAUCCUUCUAAUCAUAGUGUAGUUUAUGACUUUAUUCUCUCAUCAUGUUACAUGUUUUGUAUUUCCCUUUCACAACUGCAUUAUGUCUUUGCUAAUGUACGCACUUUAAAACAGUUUUGAGAAAUUAGUGAUUAUGUUAUUUCUCAACGGAUAGAUUUUUGCAAUGAACUCAGCAGCUAUGAUUAUACUUACGCUUGAAAUAAUGCAACUGCUGGAGAUUUUGGGCUUUAUCAUUUUGGCUGUACGGCGAGAGAUAAGUUGGCUUUGGCCUUCGAGUAGCUCUGUGUCGACAAUCAACCCAGAUUACUCGGGAAAUUUUGCUUUAAAUGCAAUAUUGGAUUAAACAUAUAUAAUAUAUGGUAGCAUUUUUCA